AUGGCUGCCAACACCGAGUUCGCGCUCCUCUGCUUAGAGAAUCCUCUGCUUGAUAUCCAAGCAGUAGGUAACCCGGCCCUCCUUGAGAAAUACAACCUGAAAGCCAACGAUGCCAUCCUCGCCGAAGAAAAGCACCUUGGCAUCUACGAAGACCUCCUUAACAACUACUCAGCCAAACUCAUCGCCGGUGGUGGCGCCCAGAACACUGCUCGUGGAGCACAAUACAUGCUUCCUCCCAACUCCGUCGUCUACCUCGGCGGUGUCGGUGACGACAAGUAUGCGGCGAUUCUCCACGACGCUGUCAAGACCGCUGGUCUACGAGUCGAGUACCGAGUCGAUAAGAAGCAGCCCACAGGACGCUGCGGAGUCGUCAUCACAGAUCACAACCGCUCUAUGGUUACAGAUUUGGGAGCAGCGAACCACUAUGAUCUCGAGCACCUGAAGAGCCCUGAGGUGUGGAAGCUUGUCGAGGGAGCAACUACAUACUUUGUCGGUGGAUAUCACUUGACUGUGUGCCCACCAGCCAUCAUGGCGCUCGCUGAAGAGGCAGCCGCCAAGAACAAGGCAUUUGUAUUCUCGCUAUCUGCACCUUUCAUCCCGCAAUUCUUCAAGGAUCCCCUAGAUGCUGUGGCACCAUACUGGGAUUACGUUAUUGGGAAUGAGACUGAGGCAUUGUCGUAUGCUGAGAGCCAUGGCCUUGAGACUAAGGAUAUCAAGGAGAUUGCGAAGGCGUUGGCUUCGCUACCAAAGAAGAAUGAGAAGCGCGAGAGAGUGGCUAUUAUCACCCAAGGUACUAAGCCUACUGUUGUCAGUGUUGGAGGAAAGGAUGUUCAGGAGUUCCCUGUUCAUGCUAUUGACAGCAAGCUCAUUAAUGAUACUACCGGUGCUGGCGAUGCUUUCGCUGCUGGGUUCACCGCUGGUCUGGUCGCUGGAGAGAGCUUGGCUCAGAGCAUUGAUCAAGGUCAAUGGUUGGCCAAGUUGAGCAUCCAGGAAUUGGGUCCUUCAUUCCCAUUGCCUAAGCAGGCAUACAAGCCAACCACUGCGUAG